UUUGCAAUUUGAUAUAUCUUUUUCCUUUCCAGCUCUGUUUCUAUGUGUACCUCUCAAAUGCUUGCUAACAUCUGCUUGUUAACUUAAUGUGUCCUCGUUCAACUCAUCAUGUUGUGCAUCCUUUUUUUUCCCUAUUUUCUGUAAUGACUUGCUAUGUGACUGCACAUGUUUAUUUGCCAAUAGAAAGAAAUAAUCCAAGCGUACACUAUCUUCUCCUUUCCCAGAUAUUACAACUGCAGCAAUUCAGUUCAUAAAUUAGACUAGGAUGAUAUUAUACAUAAGAAUUUAGCUGGAAUUAGACAAUAUGGAAAUAUAGAAUUAACAUCGAAUAGUGGAGCAGCAACGAUGAGAUGAUGAGAGUAUACAAGUGUCAACAAUGCUAUCUUUCCAAAUGUUCGUAAACUCUGCUGACAUCCUAAUAGUAGCCUCAUAUCCAGCCUUUAGAUUAUAAUAACACUUGCUAUCAAUGUCCGUAAGCAUCAUUUCAGAGGUGUCCAUCUGACUUUGAGGAUCAGUUUUUCAAAUUUUUAACUACUAACAUAGUUUUUGGCUAGAUUUCUUUUUCUGAGAAGUUUCCAAUGAAUAUAGAUACUUUGUUUUCUCUCUAAACAUAGAAAUAGACUAAAAAACAACAGGUUCCCUAGUAUAUUUUUCGAGUUUGUUGCAUGGUUUCUUUGCCUUGGUUGUUAAAACUAAAAGUUAUGCGUGCUUAUGUACAUUGAAAUCAUGUACUUUACUUUUCUUUAGUUAGAAAAUGUGUGCUGUGUUCUCUUGAUAUCCGUCUUCUUUUCAGUCUGAUGGCGGGCCAAAAAAUUGUAGUAACUCAAAUUGAUCAUCACUUCUCAUACCAGUAGUAGCAACAAAUUGGUCCUAAAAUUAAUUUCUGAGGGGUGUAAGUGUGGAAUUAAAAGUUCUUGGCGGAAACCUAAUUUGGAAAUUGAAGUGUGCAUGGUUUUUUUAGCUUCAAUUGUUAGCUUUUCGAGCCGUGUCCAUCUCAUUUCUUGUCAAGAUGAUGAUGAUAUCAGUUAAUUUUUACCUAGUUUUUACUCGUUUAUAUUUCUAUGGACCAGAAGAAUUGGUAGAUUGCAGUGAGCAUUUAGUUGACUACAAGGAUACUAGUUUAUUAGAUAAAUCAAGUAUAUUUUAAUUUGGCUGCUUGUUUGAACAGAAUGAAUCUUGAAUUGUGUUGCCAUUGGAGAUUUGGUAUCCUGAGUUUCAUAAAUAGGUUAUCCAGUUGGUCAUUCUGCAAACUUUGCUAUCUCUUCAGCCUCUUUUUUUUUUUUUGCAAUUUUCUAGGUCAGUCGAUUGUAAGUGUCAGAAAGCAGGGAUGGACAGUCACAAGGUUGAAGAUAAAGAGCUAGAAUUUCGUCCAGAAGAUUCAAGUCACUUCGAAAAGUAUGGAGUUUCAGCAGCAUCUGUGGAAGCAGAACCUUGUGUCGUGGAUAUUAAAAGUUCAAACAAUAAAAGAUGGAGUAGCCACAACUUUCCAUGGGCAAAGGGGCUAGAGGAAUUCAGCGGAAGAUUAUUUGGCAAUUUUUCUUUGGAACCGGAGCAAAGAGAAGUGAUCAAUGCAACUAUGAGUGGACGCGAUGUUUUUGCAGAUAUGUCAGCUAUAGACGGACGUGAAGUGACAUAUCAGGUCCCUGCUCUUUUAUGUCCUGGGAUGACUUUGGUUGUUGUCCCACCUCUUCUCAUUCCUUUGAGCAUGGGUAGUUCAUUGGGAUUUGAGCUCAAUUGCCGCCUCUAGUAUAAAAUACAUGGACAGAAAGAAAUAAACUUUUCUAUUAACAAUUCAAACCUUCAAAUUCUUUGUUGUUAUUACAAGGAGAUCAAAAUGGCUCAAAUUGAACUUAUGCAAUCGUUGCUAGAUUAUUUCUUAUCAAUGGAAAAGAAUUCAGCUUUAUUUUGGUAGAGUUGCAGCAAUUGUCCUAAAAAGGAACUAGAGAAAUUAAUUGCAUUUUCUCAUUGACAUCCUUGGGCUAAUUAGAAUGGUUUUAGGCAUUUCAUAUAUAGAUACACAACAUAGCACAUGAGUUGGAAUCUGAAUACAGAUUAUAAUACAAAAAAAAAAAUUUUAAAGAGACAAAAAUAAAAGUUAAUGACAAUUUUGAAGGGCAAUCCAAGUGUAAAGUUCUACACAAGAUUGCUAAUGGUUAGACUUAACAAUGGAUGAAACGUGGUCUCAAUUUUUAAAACCUAUUAAAAUUUUCAAUAAUUACAUGAAAAAUCACGUUCAGGGAAUUUGCUUUUUACUAAUACAGUAUGUAAACGUAUUAAUGUGCUUCACUAUGCAGGAUGACACAUUCAAAUGGUGUAAAAUCAUAUAAAUCGGACGUAAUCUUGAAUUUGUCAACUCAUAUAAUUAAAUUUACAUGAAAUUCAA